AUGACGUGGAUUCAUAAGGAGAAUGUGUGCGGCGCACGGCGCACACUGUGCGCUUGUGACCGAAAUGGCACCAGGGUGUUUACCACCCGACAGCCAGCCGGAAUAGCCAAGCUCCGCCGAUUUAAAAGUCGAUAGAACGGAUAUAUUUGCAGAUUCCGUGUGACAAUAAUGCGAAACGAGUUCAACGCGGACUACAACAAUCCGAUGGACGAGACGAUGGAGGUGGUCAUCUCGGACAUUGCACAACGGGCGGUCGCGGAGAAGGAGCAACGGAAGACGGCUUCGUUGAAAGAGGAGACCAGCGACAUUUAG